AAGACGUCAUCAUACUGCGCAGUAAGCGUCAAGCAUGGCUGAUACGAUAGCAGCACCAAACACUACAUUAUCCCAACUGCAGUCUUUGCAUGGUAUAUUUGCCGUUUUUAAGAAACGGGGCCCAACCUCGGCAGAGGUGUUAGGCAGGCUGAAGAAGAAGCUUUUAAGGGAGGCUGGUGUUGCAAAUACAAAAUCACGUAAAAGAAAAAAACUACUGAAAAUCGGCCAUGGCGGCACUCUGGACAGCAAUUCAUCUGGUGUACUUGUGAUUGGAAUUGGUGAAGGAACAAAGAUGCUUACCUCAUUGCUCAAAGGACCAAAGCGUGUGGUGUUUUUACAGAAAUACACAGCUGUUGCAGAGUUAGGGAUAGCAACCGAUACUCUUGACGUCAAAGGAAAUGUUGUUGAAGAGAAGAAAUAUGAUCACAUCACAAAAGAAGCUUUGGAGGAGAAGUUGAAGGAGUUUACUGGUGAAAUUAUGCAGGUUCCACCUCUAUACUCAGCCCUGAAAAAGAACGGCAAGCGCAUGGCUGCCUUGAUGAAGCAAGGUCAGGAGGUCGAGCCUAAACCUGCACGUCCUGUGAGAGUCUACGGUCUCUCUUUACAAGACUUCAGCCCGCCGCUAUUCACAUUAGACCUUGAGAGUGGAAGUGGAUGUCAUGUCAGAAGUCUGGUUGAUGAUCUUGGAAAAGCGUUGUCAUCUUGCGCUCACUUAAAGGAAUUGACCCGGAUCAAGCAGGAGGGCUUCAGCUUGGAGGAUGCGUUAAGGGAGGAUCACUGGACCUUCGCAGACAUCGCUCAAGUUUUGAAGCCCUGCCCAGUAUCACCAGAGCACGAGACGAAUGCCAAAAAAAUAAAACUCGAAGGAUAAACUCUAAAUCUAAGGGUGUGGCUAUAGAGCAGAGCAUUGCAAAAUGCUUACAGGUUGUGAGUGACAAACUACAUUUCCAAUGAGAGGAAAUUGCCAUGUCCACUCUGAAAUCAUGUUUUUUUCACCUCAGAAGUAUUGCUGAAAUGGGAUUAUUUCUCUCUUUUUCGGACACUGAAAGACUUAUUCGUGCCUUUUACAUAAAGGCUUGAGCUACUGUAUUAUAACUGUAUUAUGCACCUGAGCUUCCUAAAAGCAUCCUCUGUGUGCUUUAUUAGAGUAACAUUCAUGUGUGUUGUAUUUCGUUUAUUACAUUGAUUUUUAAAAAUAUAAUCAUUCAUUUUGUAUUAUUCUGGUUCUUGCUUAAUCUUAUGUUGCAUGCUGUUUUGUCUUCACAAGAUAAGUUUUAUUUCCAAGUUUAACAUCACAAGACAAUGUUGUCAAGCAGUAAUGUUCCGCUGUCUAUGCUGGCAUAAUAACCCCUAUUGAAUUUGUUUCUAGUCAGAUCAAUUCUAUAAAUUCUGCUCUUUAUUAUAUCUUCACUUUGUCUCCUGGCUGCUGUUCUUUCCCCCCAUCUCUGUAUAUGCCAAGUGGUUGAUUAGAAGAAUGAACUUGAGCCAAGGGACAAAGUCAAAAAGCGAUCUAGUGACACCUAGCGUAAGAACUACUGAACUGGACUUUUUGUUAUAUCAAGUUGGAUCUAUCAAUACCUUUGAUCAGUCUCUACAUCCUGUCUUCUUUACACUCUGCUAUUUUCUACAGCUAUUUUGGUUUGCUAAUAAAUAUCUAUGUCUUGCAGUUUGUUUUGUUUCCAGCAUAAGAAAUGUUCUCUGUUCUGCAUCUUUAUAUAAUUUGUUUAAAAGUACUGUAAAUACCUGAUAUACAAAUACAUUUUAUAGAAGGGGUUUUGCUCAUUUGUAACCUCAAGGGAAGUUAUAAUACGACAUUUUGUGUUGUAACUCAUAACAUUAUGGUAAUUUCUUUAAAUAAUAUGUCAC